AUGUGUUAUCCUCAACUGUUCGAGAAAAAGAAUUUUAAAAUUGGAAUUGAAUAUGAUCACUCUCUACCAAUGAGUGGCGGCUCCGACAGGUACAGGCACAGGAACAACUAUGAUCCCUUCUUUGUAACCGUCACUGCUUCAGCUAAAAAAGGCUACGUGAUCUCUUACUUAGAGGUGUCAGCGAUAACGGACGCAUCGGGAGAGGUCAGCUUCGAGGUGAUUCGAGGCCAGACUGGUUCACGGAACAUAGUCUUCCAGCUGGUGUCCAACCACAGCGACUUCCUCGCGUACUCCUACAUGGCGUACGGCAUCAGUGAAGAGGAGUACAAAAAGGUGACGUCUGUGUCGCUGGCGAGCGGCUAG